AAAACAAGACAAAAUAACAAAAAUCAUACUAAGAAAAUUCCAAAUUGAAGGCACCAGAAGUUUCUUAUGUUUCUGACUCUCUUUUUAAACUAACUUAACUUUUUCAUCUGAAUCAAUUUUUGCACACUUCUUAAGUUACUAACUAAAAAAAAAGUGUAAUCACAAAACCAUACUCUUGUAUAACAUCAAAUAAGUUAGAAAAUGUCUUCUACUCUAUCCCUCUCAAUGCCUUCCACAUUAAUCUUCAAGCCUCAAAACAUUUACAAAGACACCAACCAUACAAAAUCCAACAACAAAGAAACACCAACUUUGUUAGGCACCAAGGUCACAAAGAGGAAGCUAUUGACAUCAAGUGUGAUUGGAUUGGGCUCAUCUUGUGUUGUUAAGCCCACAAAAGCUGAGCCUGAGAGCCCAAUUGAUUCAACCUCAAAUAGAAUCUCAUACUCAAGAUUCUUGCAAUACUUGGAUGAAGGUGUUGUUAAGAAAGUGGACUUGUUAGAGAAUGGAACAGUUGCUAUUGCUGAGAUAUAUAAUACAACUUUGGAUAAAUUCCAAAGGGUUAAAAUUCAGUUACCAGGGUUGCCUCAAGAGUUACUUAGGAAAAUGAAAGAUAAAAAUAUUGACUUUGGUGUUUAUCCUAUGGAUACAAAUUGGGGAGUUGCAAUACUUGAUCUUUUGGGAAAUUUGGCAUUUCCUUUGAUAUUGCUUGGUACUUUACUCCUUAGGACAUCUAGAAAUAAUUCUGUUGGUGGCCCUAACUUGCCAUUUGGAUUAGGAAGGAGCAAGGCAAAAUUUGAGAUGGAACCAAACACAGGAGUGACAUUUGAGGACAUAGCAGGAGUUGAUGAAGCUAAACAAGAUUUCCAAGAGAUAGUUGAGUUCUUAAAAACCCCUGAGAAAUUCUCAUCAGUGGGAGCAAAAAUUCCAAAAGGAGUUCUAUUAGUAGGGCCACCAGGGACAGGAAAGACAUUGUUAGCAAAAGCAAUUGCAGGAGAAGCAAAAGUUCCAUUCUUUUCUCUAUCUGGUUCAGAGUUCAUCGAGAUGUUUGUCGGUGUUGGUGCUUCAAGAGUGAGAGAUUUGUUUAAUAAGGCAAAAGAAAAUUCACCUUGUUUGGUAUUUAUUGAUGAGAUAGAUGCUGUAGGGAGACAGAGAGGUACUGGUAUUGGUGGAGGGAAUGAUGAAAGAGAACAAACAUUGAAUCAGUUGUUGACUGAAAUGGAUGGUUUUAAUAGUAAUACUGGUGUUAUAGUUAUUGCUGCUACUAAUAGACCUGAAAUUCUUGAUUCGGCUUUGCUUAGACCUGGGAGGUUUGAUAGACAGGUAACUGUUGGAUUACCAGACAUUAGAGGGAGGGAAGAAAUAUUGAAAGUUCAUAGUAACAACAAGAAGCUUGACAAAGAUAUCUCACUCGGUGUCAUUGCCAUGAGAACUCCAGGAUUCAGCGGUGCGGACCUGGCAAACCUCAUGAAUGAAGCAGCCAUUCUAGCUGGUCGAAGGCAAAAAGAGAAGAUCACAAUGAAAGAAAUCGACGACUCUAUUGAUCGAAUUGUCGCAGGCAUGGAAGGAACCACGAUGACAGAUGGCAAGUGCAAAAUUUUGGUGGCUUACCAUGAAGUUGGACAUGCUAUUUGUGCGACACUUACCCCAGGACAUGAUCCAGUACAAAAAGUUACUCUAGUUCCAAGAGGCCAAGCUAAGGGCUUAACAUGGUUCAUACCAAGUGAUGAUCCUUUUCUUAUCUCCAAGAAUCAACUAUUUGCUAGAAUAGUUGGUGGCCUAGGAGGUAGAGCUGCAGAGGAAGUCAUAUUUGGUGAAACUGAGAUAACCACUGGAGCUGCAGGGGACUUGCAACAAAUUACACAGAUAGCAAGACAGAUGGUAACAACAUAUGGCAUGUCUGAGAUUGGACCAUGGACAUUAAUUGAUCCUUCAGUUCAGAGCAGUGAUGUAGUGCUAAGAAUGCUGGCAAGAAAUUCAAUGUCUGAAAAAUUAGCUGAGGACAUUGAUAACUCAGUGAGACAUAUAAUUGAGACAGCAUAUGAAGUUGCAAAGAAUCACAUAAAGAAUAAUCGUGAUGCAAUUGAUAAAUUAGUUGAUGUGUUGCUUGAAAAUGAGACACUUAGUGGAGAUGAAUUUAAAUCAAUCUUGUCAGAAUUUAUAGAUAUUUCUUCAAUUAAGAUUGAUAGAACCUCUAUAAGGGAAAUGAUUGAAGCAUGAGAAUGAUCAUAGCUUUCUAAUGUGGUAGGAUGGAGUUGUAUAUGAGUUCAUAUAGUCUAGAGUCUAUACUUUAAGAUCAUAUAGUAUUUUCAUUUUUCAGUUUUUGCUUUUACUUGUUUCAAA